AAGCCGCCUGAUGCAGCAGAACACCAGAAAUCUGCUGCAACUUGGAAUCGAGGUGGACCAGCCGUAGAGUCUUCGAAGGCAUUUUGAUUGGUUAAGCAAAAGGGGCUGCUGAUCAUCAGUAACUUCAUUGACAGAACUCUCGGCGUCAAUAGUAACGAUAUUAUUGAGAGAGAGACAGAUAAGGGGGAGACAUGGGGAUGAUGAAGAAGUUCAAGGCACACCUGUUGAUGGUGGUGACGCAGACGGGCUUCUCUUUCCUCUACUUUAUUACUCAGGCAGCUUUCGGCAAGGGGUUGAAUCCUUUUGUCUACGUCACCUACAGGCUUCUUGCCGCCGGUUUGUCUAUGCUGCCGUUUGCCUAUUUCCUGGAGAGGAAAGUGCAGCCCAAGUUAACAAUUUUACUGUUUUUAGAGAUCUUUGUCCUCUCUCUUCUUGGGGGGGGUUUAACCUUGAAUUUGUACUUCGCAAGUCUCCAAUACACUUCUCCAACUUUUGUAGCUUCCAUGAUCAACACUAUUGCUUCCAUCACCUUUGUAGUUGCGGUUGUGAUUGGAAUGGAGAAACUGGACGUAAAAAGCAAAAGAGGGACAGCGAAGGUGGUGGGCACGAUAGUGUCGUUAGGUGGAGCACUGAUAAUGUCCAUGUACAAAGGUCUUGACUUCAAGAGGCCCUGGGGAGCUUUGAUUUCUAUCCAUGGUGGCACCGUCCAUGAGGACUGGGUGAAGGGCUCUAUCCUCUGCAUCACAAGCUGCUUCACUUGGGCCAUGUGGUAUGUCAUGCAGGCCAGCACGCUAAAGCGAUAUCCUGCACAGAUCUCAUUGACCACAUGGAUGUCCUUCAUUGGAGCAGCUCAGUCUGCUGUCUUCACGGCUUUCGUGGAGCGCAAACCGGAGACUUGGGCCAUCCAUUUUGACGUCGACUUCUGGAGCAUCGUUUACUCUGGGGCCAUAGGUUCAGGCCUGCUGGUUUACACGCAGCUCUGGUGUUCCGAGCAGAAGGGUCCAGUCUUCGUGACAAUGUUCAAUCCUCUCUGCACCAUCUUGGUGGCGUUGAUAGCGUAUGCAGUUGUAGGCCAGGACCUAUAUGCUGGAAGUGUCUUGGGGGCGGUCGUUGUCAUCGUUGGUCUUUAUAUGGUACUCUGGGGGAAGGAAAAGGAUCAAGUGGUGGACGCUAAAAAUGGUGAUGAGCUGCUACCUCAGCUCGGCAACAAGGUGUUGGCAGCAGACGUGAAGUUCCAAAACCAAAGCCACCAGUAGGAACAGGAGAUGAAGAACACUAAUGGAUGGGCGGAGAUGUAGAAUUUUAUGCACGUCCGAUUUUACAAAAUAAGUGCUGAAACCUUGUUCCUUGACAAUGGAUGCUUUUCCUUUUUCAUUUUCUUUCUGCCACCCACCGCCUGAGACGGUUCGACGGUGUGAGAGGGGAUUUACUUUAAUCCAGCAACUUGUUUGGUACUCUAUUGAUUUCUUAUUGACAUAUUCCUGCA